AUGGUACCGGAUCAGAGAGACGCAGACGGGGAGACAGAGCCUUUGUUGAGUCGGAGACGCGAUGAUGGUCGCGGUGAGGAUACUGUCAAAGAAAACAGCCGACUUUCGUCGCUACGAAGACCAGCCGUACUCUGGAUACUUAUUCCCAUCACGCUGUUGACCGCAGCUCUGGGCGGCGCCAAUCCCUCCAAACAGGUCCUCAUCCUCGAUCUCGUCUGUCGGGACUACCGAACGAAUGUCGACGGCAAUGAAGACAUCUGCCGCUCGCCCGCCGUCUCCUCCCGCUUCUCCCUCUUCUCACUCUACAUUGCCCUGCUGAGCGGCUUGCUCCUGAUCUUCUCCGUGCCUCGACUAUGCACGCUAUCAGACCGAUGGGGCAGGCGACUGCCUCUGAUGGUUGCUGUCGCUGGGACGAUCGCCAGCGAGAUCAUAACGCUCUUCGCUGCGACAUACCCGAACACCUUUCCCACGAUUCUUCUGCUGCUUGGUGCCGCGCUCGAAGGUGCUACAGGAUCCGUACUGGUGACGACCAGUGUGGCUGGGAGUUACAUAAGAGACUGCACAAAGGCCGAAGAGAGGAAUACCGCGUUCGCAUACUUGCAUGGCUGUCUUGCCGUGGGCUUGACGGUGGGGCCCUCGCUCGCUGGGCUGGCGGUUGAUAAGAGUGGGACCAUUACCGUGGUCUUUUACAUGCUGGUGGGGAUACACAGCUUCGUCUUGCUGUUUCUGGGCUUCCUCGUACCGGAGUCGCUACCAGAAGAGAGCAGAGUCAAGAGAGAUCGUGAAAGCGACGAGCACAAUGUGAGGGAAGAGGGCAAUGCCUGGUUCAGCCUCAAGCCUUUCAGCUCUUCGGCUAUCAUCCGCCGCAACAUCCUCUGUCUGGCCGUCAUCGAUGCCAUUGUAUUUGGUGUUGGCCUCGGUAGCGCCUCUAUCGUGCCCUACGCAAACCUCAGGUUCGCAUGGAAAAGCGUCGAGCUCGGGUACAUGAUGACAGUCUCCCACGGGACAGGCAUUCUCGCCAACUUUCUCCUGCUACCUCUACUUACCUCUCUCUUCCAGUCGAAAGACUCAACAUCGCCCUGCACGACGUUCGACAUCACACUCAUCCGGUCUACGUUGCUGAUCACCGCUUUCGGAUAUUUUGGCUACGCAGUUUCCCCGUCGGGAGCCUUCAUCCUCCUCUCCAGCGCCAUAGUUUGGCUUGGCAGCAUCGCAGCUCCUGUGGUACAGAGCAGUCUCACGAAGCAUGUUUCAGCAGAGAGGACAGGGGCCCUUCUGGGAGUGAUUGGUCAACUGCAUGCCUGUGGAAGGAUUCUGUUUCCGGUGAUCUUCAACGGGAUAUAUGCAAUCACGGUGGAAAGUGCGCCGUGGUUGGUUUUUGCACUGUUGGCUGUGGUGUUGGUACUUGGAAUUGGCGUAAGCUUGGGAGUUUGGAUUGGUGGCGAGGAAAACGAUGAAGGACGAGGAGCGUGA